GUAGAUGAGUGCAAACAAGUGAUUGCUUCUAUGAGGACUGACUAACCUCGCUGUAGGAGCGUUUUGUCACUUAAACGGCGAACCAUCUGCGUUGGGGUCGAAUGCAGGGGGCGUCGCCAUUGGAGGAAAAGUGAGAACAUAGUGGGGCAAAACAGAGCUGGUGCGAUUCCAUGCGUGUAUUUUCAGACGCGUCGUGCUGGUGAAAGCUUGUUUGGUCGGUGGAUUUCUGACUUUGGCUGAAGUUUAAGGACGACUGAAGAUGGAUGCGACCAACAUUAGCUCUGACCCGAGGUGCAAACAGGAACCCCCUUUGGCCAUCGACAUCAUUUUACAGCUGGACAUAUUCGGGAUCGUCCUGUACUCCGUCCUGACCUUCAUGGCCACAGUUUCCAUGCUGAUUUACCUUGAGGAGUGUGUCUACAUCUACAGGAAAGUUGCCUCCAACAAAAAGAGUGCCAUCAUCUGGGUUAAUGGAGCAGCACCGGUUAUUGGUGCAAUGUCCUGUUUGGGCAUGUGGAUACCUAAGGCCACCAUGUUCACAGAUAUGACCUCAGCCACGUACUUUGCGAUUGUAGUGUUCAAAUUCCUCAUUCUGAUGAUUGAAGAGUGUGGUGGAGAUGAAGCCUUUCUCAAGCGGUCAGCGAAGAAAACCUUCAAGAUCAGCACUGGACCCUGCUGCUGCUGCUGUCCCUGUCUGCCCCUAGUGCCGGUCACCAGGCGGUCUCUGUUCUUACUGAAACUUGGCUCCUUCCAGUUUGCUGUUUUGAAAGUGGUCUUCACGAUCCUGUCCAUCAUCCUUUGGACCAAUGAGAACUAUGAUCCCGCUUCUGUUAGCAAGAGUGAUACUGCUAUCUGGAUCAAUUGCGGAGUGGGGGUCCUCACCAUCAUCGCUCUCUGGCCUGUUGGCAUUAUGUUCAUGCAUGUGCGCGAAACGUUGCGCAGUCUGAAGAUUGUUCCUAAGUAUGCCAUGUAUCAACUGGUGCUGGUUCUCAGUCAGCUGCAGGCUGCCAUCAUUAAUACUGUGGCCUCGUCUGGAGCCAUCGCCUGUUCCCCGCCGUACUCCUCCAGGGCCCGGGGUCUCUUGAUGAGCCAGCAGCUUCUGAUCUUGGAGAUGUUCAUCAUCACGCUCGUGACUCGGAUGUUGUACCGACGUGAAUAUGAACCCAUACCAGACGUGGACAGUGAUGAGGAGAAGAAGAUGAUUUCCUAUGACAGUUCAGCAAACACAGUAUGAAAAGAAGCAGCUGUUAUUGUCUGUGUAAACAGGUGAAAAGCUUUCAAGGCCAAGUCACAGCACAAAGAAGAAAAACGGUCACCAAGUGGAUGACAGACGUCAUCUGUUUUGUGCUUUUACACUAUUUUCAUGUGUUUAUCCAUGAGAUUUUCUAGCAUCAGUGAUGCAGAGUCUUUGAAUUUCAUCGUCUCUAAUGUGGAAUACGGCUGAUGACCCUAUGCAGAUGUAAAUUUUGAUCAAUUUGAUAGCAUGUAUUAGAUUCAGAGUAUUCUUUAGUUAUGCCCAGUACCGUGUUCAGACUCAUUGUACACAUUGCACAGUAUUUCAGACUAUUCUGAAGAAGUUUUGCUUACGCUGCAGUGUUUUAUGUGUAUUAUUCAUUUGCAUUACUUCCACAUAUUAUAUAAUAAAUUCAUUCCUAAUUUGUAGCAGGCUUA